AUGCCUACCACAAAGCCCAAGCUGGAGAAGCUCUCCACGCCUGUAACGGCGACAUUUCCCUCAGAAAUUACAUCUGCAACCACGGCUACUCCUCUUUCUGCUUUGAACUUUAUGUCUAAGCCAGAGCCGGAUUUUAUUAAGACGCCCAUUAGUCCACCAUCCGCUUACACAGACUUCUUGUCGAAAGCAAUGGCUUUGAACUCACCGUCCCUCACGCCCGGAGACUCUAGCCCCGACUCUACAAAGAGCAAUCCAGAGACAGAAAGAGCAAAUCGUUCGAAAACCGAACGAUCCUCACCUACCUCUACUGUUAGCAGCAAACCGUCUCCUCCCACAACAGCACCCGUCGUGCCUCCCAGUCCAUUCACAACCUCAGCCCCAAUGUCUGCUCCGCCGACUGGUCCAGCUUCAUUUCCAAGCUUGAAACUGCCGCCAAGCCCCGCCAUAUCCAAUAUCGACUCACCAUUGAGCGCAAGCACCCUCCGUUCACCUUUCAGCGCGAGGUCUGUUCAUUCCGUCUUCGACUGGGAUGCUGCAUUGAAGGCUCGGUUCUCGGACAAGAAGCAAACGUCUUCACGCACAAGCGUUCGACAUAUACGGGAAGUUGUUACUAGAACUGUCACUUACACACCACGCAUGGAUCCUGCCCCUAGAGGCAAGAGACGGAAGGUGGAAUGA